CGCGCGCGCGAUGACCGAUCAGCCACGGCUGCGCCACAUCCGCAGCACCAGCCAAUUAAUCAAACAAACCACCGCUACCUUCACUGCCAAUCUCCACACAUUUCUCUUCCUUUCUCUCCUCUUAUUCUCAUUCCGCUCCCUCGUCGAGAGUGGGUCGUACCUACUCACCUCCUUCAUCGACCGCGACGCCUCUCUCAAGUCUCUCCUCUCCCGUCUCGACUUCUCCGAUCACCACUCCUCCACGCGCCGUCUCCAUCUUCACCAUCCUCACCACCACCACCGUCGCCGCCCCUUUUUACAUCUGACGCGCGUUGGCACUUUGGACGAUGAUUUCUUCUCCGGAGAUGAUGACUUAGAUCGCCCAAUGUUCAAUCCUCUCCUCAAAAAGCCUGUGAAUGGCACUUUGGUAAUUUUUUCUAAUUUCGAUCCCAAUUUAGGGUUUUCAUAUGAAAUCGUUGAUAAUGGAAUUAAAAUUUCGGAAAUGGUUCGUCACGGUGUCACAUUUAAAAUGAGUGGUAGUUUAGAGAAAUCUUUUGAUAAAGAAGAAUUAAGGUAUGAUGAUGAUAGUGAACAAGAAGGGGCUCAAAAUGGUAAAGAAAUGGAGAGAAUUUUAGAUUUUCAAAUGCUUAUAAAGGGACUAGAGCUGGGUCGUCGUGAUGUGACAGCAUUGUUUUUCCUCGUGAGUUUCUUGUCGGCUGCUUAUGGUUGGGUAAUUUUAGGGUUUACCGCAAUUUAUUCUUGGGUUUUGGGGAUUGUGUUUGUUACAGUCGUAAAUGAUUUGGUUGGGAGAUUUAGUUCAUUAGUUGGUGUUGUGUGGGAUGGGUCAAGAUUGGGGAUAAAAAGGCUUACUGGUUUUAUUUUAAUGAGAUGGGCAGUUAGAGAUGCAUUGACUCAGCUUCUUGGCUUGUGGUUUUUCGGGGAAAUUGAGGAUCAGUACUCAUUUUUUAAGCUUUUUGUGAGGUUAAAAUUGAUGCCGUUUUCUGUUAUGUCACCGUGGAUACAAGGGUUUGAGAAAGAGAUUUCAGGGUUCUUGUUUACAUGGUCUUUGGCAGAUACUUUUGUGGCAUUUAUAUUUGCCGUUGAUGCCUGGGUUGCCAUUGUUGAUUCGAGGAGGACUGGAAGAGAGAUAGUUAAAGAAGGCAAAUCUUUUGCAAUGAUUUUACAGUCAAUUGCGGAGGUUUACUUUAUGGUGGCUUGGCUGAUAUUUUACUUUGCUGCACGGUCUAGGGAUGCUAAUAUGGAGGGAAGGAGGUUCGGGCGGAGGGAAUUGGAGGGCUUGGUUGACGGACAUAGAUGAUAUUUAGUAGAUAAUGGCAUGAUAGUCUCCCUUGCUGUUGCAGGCUUCAAUUGAACGCUAAAAAUAGCGGUUAUCUCUUCAGUGCUCUGUGUCUUCCUGUUUUGCAGUCCCAUUGAUAUAGCACUGCCCCCGUUUGGUGUAAUCACCAGCAAUAUGUUGUAUGUACUUUACAACAAGAUGAUAUAUUACUUGUGUAUAUUUUCCACGAGGAUGCUUCCUGUGAAUAUUUUGUUGCAAUUAUUGUUUUAAAUCCACUGCAGUACCUGUUUCUGGUGAUGGCAAUAUAAUUGAGAAUGGUAAUUGAUUUACCCCAGUUCUGAUAUGCUGCUGAGCUUAAGAAUUUUUUUUUUGUUUUUUUUUUUUCCUUAAAAUUCCAUUGAUCAGUGAUUUGCUGAGAUGUAUCUAUGGUUCCAAAUUGAUGCAAUUAUCAACACAGUCAA